GGCGGUUGGAAUGGGUGAUAUGCACCUGAGUGCGCAAGAGGACAUGCCAGCGUAAGCGAGCAGCUGGUCGGGCGAUGACGCUGAUGGACGUGUGGAUGCCGCGGGCAGUACGAGGAAGCAAUGGCAUGCGCUGAGAAGCCAGCGGUCUCACUACCAUGUGCAUUCUGAUACGACACGGCAGUUAGCAUUCCAUCUGCUCCCCAAGAGAAACCCGGGUGAAGCUGUGUUGCAAGGAUGAUCGCAGCCAAAUACAAGUGAAACCACACAGAUUGAAGUGUAGGUCGCUGCAGAGACACUAUCUUGCCGUAAAGCAACUUGCCAGGUAGAGCUCGCUGACGAUCAGAGGUGUAGGGCAAAACCAUCUCAGAACAUGUGGGGAAACAAGAUCACAAACAAGGAUUUCUUGUUGUUAUGCCUUGUGAGCACACAUCUUCUCUUCAGCUAUGCAGCGAUCUGUGGAGAUGGAGUUGUACAGGGAACUGAGCAGUGCGAUGAUGGAAACACAAUCAGCCAUGACGGAUGCAGCAGUACUUGCAUGAUCGAGGGCAUAGCAGUGCAGACCUGGUACACGAAUUCAUCCUGUGCCGGAGGAAUUGUGAAAGCCCUCGUGCUGAACAACAGAGAGUGGAGGACGCCGACUUCUCCGACUGACUGGCGACAACCAGGACUAUGCUCCAGUGGGAUCGAGUGCAAAUGUCCCGAUGGUUACCCGUCCUGUGCCGAUGGAUCGCUGCCCGAUCGAUGUAUCUGUCAGCAGGUUACCUGCGCUUUGAUCGUCAAGACAUUCACCAUGGAUUGCUUGCCAUAUCCCGCAAACAGCAGCAGCAACGCUGCCUUCUUCCACAUGACCCUCUGUCACUCCUCCUUCCCCAACUUCUCCUUCACCGAUCAGAGGUCUGUGUCUGGCUCCUUCCUCAUAUCAAAGGGAUGGAGGCUAACCUCCUCCUCCUCCUACACGGGUUCCGUCAAGGCGGAUAUCAGUGCUUGGGAGCUCACAAGGGCUCGCGCAAUCGCGAGCUCCCUACCAGAUGUUUGGCAUGUGUGGGCUGCGAGGACGUGCUUGCCCUCUCAGAACAAUCUCAUGCCCGAGGGCCCUGCCAGCUCUGCUUUCUUUGAAUACCAUGACACUAUCCGUCAAAGGGCCAGGAUGCAAUGCACUGAUAUGACAUGCACCAACUGCGAUCUCAACGUCUAUGUCGCUCAGUAUGCUUGCAACCAUUCACUCACAUGUCAGGUCCUCUCUCCUGGCUCUUGCAAAGUUUGUACAGGAGGAGUUGCAGAUACCAAACUAGAAGGUUUCGCGAUAUGGCCCGGCCCGCCAGCACCUUUGCCAUACAAGUGUGCUCCUUGCUCUCAAGCUCCGAGCAACUACUUCUACAAGGACACCGAGUGUCGAGCUGGUCAAGGGUGCGGCGCGUGCGGUCUCGACCUUCCGACAUGGCCGGUGGUGUUCUGGCCAGGGAUGGCGUGCGGUGCAUGCGGACAGCAAGAUGCUCCUGCGACAGCAUGCGGAAACCCAAGGGAGGGAGGGAAACCUUACACGUGGAUCAACUAGAAAACCUCAACGUGUUUAAAAGCUCGCACAAGAUAUGCUUACACACAUUUGUUCGCAUCGAACACCGGAAAUAGCAAUACAAGGGUCUGUCAUCUCU